CCCUGGAUGCUCAGCUUUUCCCAAUUGGUGAUUGGCAUUGAGCACAGAAGGUUCACCAUGGAGCUGGCGCUGAGCUGGGUUUUGCUUAUUGCUACUUUAAAAGGUGUCCUGUGUGAGGAGCAACUGGUAGAGUCUGGGGGAGGCUUGGUGCAGCCUGGAGGGUCCCUGAGACUCUCCUGCGUGGCCUCAGGAUUCACCUUCAGUAGCUAUUACAUGGCCUGGAUCCGCCAGGCUCCAGGGAAGGGGCUGGAGUGGGUCACAUGGGUUUGCAAUACUGGUGGUAGCACAGGCUACGCAGACUCCGUGAAGGGCCGAUUCACCAUCUCCAGGGACAACGGCAAGAACACGCUGUAUCCGAAGAUGAACAGCCUGAGAGCAGAAGACACGGCCAUGUAUUACUGUGUGAGAUACACAGUGAGGGAACAUCAGUGUGAGCACAAAAACCUCCGUGCAGGGGUUCUUAGAACCAGCAGGGGGCGCGCGGGACACGUGGAACUCAGAGUGUGUCCCAAGGGUACAAGUGUCCUGUGUGAGGACCAGCUGGUGGAGUUCGCUCUGGUGAAGGGCCUGGAGUGGACCUCAACUACCAGUGACGGUGGUGCUAGCACCUACUACGCACCCAUGAAGGGAAGAUUCACCAUCUCCAGCGAUAAAGUUAAGAACACGCUGUGUCUGCAAAUGAGCAGCUUGUCACCUGAGAACAUGGCCGUGUAUUACUGUCCAAGAGACACAAAACUUCCCGCAAGGGCGCUCAUGAGGAGCAGGGGGCGAUGGAGAUCCAUUGAAUGA